AGAAACUGUACUAUUACAUCUCUGAUUAUUGAAGGGUUACAGCUGAAACUGGGUGAAAGUAACUCUCACUAGCAAGGAAAAACAGACUCAUAUUUUGCAUUCCUUUGGGACAGUUAAAAAGGAAAUAAAGUAAUCCAACAGAGGUAUCCCACGUGUAUAAUCAGUGCAAUUUGCCAUCUGUUUAAAUAUACACAUUCACAAAUAACUUCUUUCAAGUCAGGCAAAUAAAGUGGAAUAUGUGUAACAGAAUGUAAAUAUCUUGACCUGCACCAAUUAUCAUUUCCCAGGUCAAAGACCAGCACAUGUUGAGCCGUGUUUUGACAGGACUGAAGUGAAUGACUAAAUCGGUGGCAUCUCAUCAACAGAAAAGAGGCAGGCAGAAUCGAGACAGGAAAGGAAAAGCUGUGAAAAUUCAAGAGGAAUAAGCCAAGAGAACAUCAUCAUUGAACCCACAGGAACCACUGUACAUUAGGGACAAUUCCUGCAUGUACUGUACACGGUGCUGUUUUUUGUUCCAUGUUACUUUUGGAGAAGUGCCUAUUAGAUCACGCUCCAUCUGCCUUCCCUGCAGAAAGAAAAACAUUGGAUUCUAUUAAAAGUUGCUAUCAGUGAUAUUAAAAAAGCGCAGAACUUCUUCUUUUUCUACGGAAAGUAUGAAGUAACAUGUCAGGUGGAAAACAGAGGUAUUAAAAAAAUUUGCUUAAUAGGGAUGUUAUGAUCAUACAAAGAAUAUCAUAGCACACACCAGCUGUAGUUCCAUGAGGGAAAGCUGUAUUCUCAGUAUUUCUUAAUAAACCUUCUAGAGGAUGACUAGCUAUUAGUUUAAAAUUGAUCAGCUGUUGUUGUAAGUGACGGCCUGUUCAAGAAGCCAUGAUGUUGAAGUCCAGCACAAUUCCACAGAAUGGAUCUAUAGUUGGACAUGGACCAUCUUGUGGUUUCAUUGAUCACAACGUAGAUGUGGAAAAUGGAUCCUGGAAUGCCGCUCCAGAUGACUGCAUGAGAGAAGAAAAUAUCAGCAAUGACAAGUUAAAGGAGAGUGACGGUGAUGAAAUCGUAGAGAUCACAACAGCUCAUUGGGCUGUAGUUGAAGAAGAACCUGAGGAGUCAACAAAUGGUUUCACUGAAAAAAGAGAAAACACAGGGGAUGGAGGAACCAAAGUGACUGAAGCUACCUUAAGAAUCGAUCCGAUUCCCACCAAGACUGAACAAAAUGACCUUGAGUGGAAAAUUGUGCCAAGUACCACGGUGGUGUCUACUGUUCAGCAUUCAAGAAAGAUACAUAUCCCAAGAAGCAUCAGCCUUACAGAGCAAGAGCUAAGAGAAGCACAGUCUCUUAGUGAUAACAAUUCCUCCCAGUUGAGUCCAACAGGAAGUUGUUCUAGGGGAGCUCAACUUUUUCACCGCCGACGUCAAAAAAUUAAAGCUUUUGAGGAACAGAAGCUUGCCAGACAAGCUCAGUUACAAGUCACCAAGGACCCACAGCUCAAACGAGUUCAGUAUGGUGCAAGACUAUCACAGUCUAUGAAAGAGGAAUCUCUUUCUGGCUUUGGAAAACCAAAACGUUUCAGCAAUAUGGAAGAGACCUCUGCUGACCAUGGGAGCACUGGGGAAACAGAUGAUGUUUGGGUAGAUGAGGUUAAAGAAGCUGAUUAUCUACCUAUAGACAAACGAGCUCCUUCUCCUAGUGCUUCAGUGGAAGACCAUCAAGAACCUUUAAGUGUAUGCCUGAAGGAAACUUUGGUGGUAACCAAUUCUAGCAUAAAUGGUCUGAAUACUGACAACAGCCAAGAGACAGAAACUGCAAAGAGCAAAGAGCAAAAUAGCACUUCAAACACACAAUACUGUGAAGUACAUCUUACUCUGUCCAAACCAGUAUCUGUGGCUAAUAGAACAGCUAGGCCCUUUGGAGGUCAGUCACCUAUUAAAAGAAAUGUAUCCUCAUCAGAAAAAAGUCCUACCAUUGAUCUCCCUCCCCCACCUACGUAUGCAGAAACCCUAUCAAGCCCCCCUCCAGUCACUCGAGUUUGUUCUCCUCCUUCUUAUUCAGCACUAUAUCCCUCUGAACCUCAGCAUGUAAUCCCUGUCCAACAAGUAAUAAACCAUGGAGAGAUAAGAUUGACACCUCAACCAAAAAUUGGUGUUUUAGAAUCCAUUUCAGCACGUCGGGGGCCUAGAAAGUCCAUGUUCACCUUUAUUGAAAAGCCAAAGGUGGCCCCUAAUCCUGAACUUAUGUCUAUGGUGCAAAAUUCAGAUGAACGUCGAAAGCACAGGGAGCAUGGAAGUGUAACUACUGAUGAUGAGUCAUUUGCUCUUGGAGCUGAAGCUUCCAAUUUCCAAAAUAUUAAGUCACCUAAUGCAACACACAAUACACAAAGCUCUGACACAGUUGUAGACUGGGCAUCUAGUCUUAGGUCUCCUGGUGUCAGAACAAAGCCACCAUCUGUAACCAUACAGCAAGCUCUAACUGAAGAUAAAGGGAAAGGUGCAGAAUUGUUUGCCCGGAGGCAAUCCAGAAUGGAACGUUUUGUGAUUGAGUCUCCAGACACUGUCCGGUCACCUUCUCCUACUAUGUCACUGCCACCUUCUUGGAAGUAUGCUAUGAAUGCCAGGACUCCACCUUCUCUACUCAGUCACCUGCCUAAAAACAACCAAAGAUCACCAAUGCCUCCCUCCACUACACAAACCCCUACUUCUGCCUCAGAGAGUGUGCAGUCUCAAAAGGAACUUGAAAUAUCUAAACGUCAGCCUUACCAACUUCAGCCUUCUCUGUUCAUCCUCUCACCAACAAAAGAUCCUGUGCGCUCACUUCCCAGAGGAGCACCUCCUCCUAAACCCAUGGUGUUUGAAUCCCAUCGGAUAACCAGACAGUCUUCCUGCCCAUCCUCUUCCUUGGUUCCUUCUCCCACAGUCUAUUCUCCACCAUACAUCCAGUCAGUCCGAUCACCUUCUUCUGCAACAUCACCACCUCCUGCUGCUGACACUUCCACCAACUUUGGAAGAAUUACUCCAACCAACUCGGCCUCCCCGUUUUCACCAGUUCCUUUUUUAAACAGCAGAGUGUCAUCUCCACGAAACAAAACUGUUGUGCAAGCUCCUCGGCCAGCAUUUUCUGCUAAAAACGCAGGAUUGGAGUCACAGAAAUUUCGAGAAUUUGUCCCGGGGACCACGAGCAAUAGAGUUCUUCAGCAUCAAGGAUCAUUGGAUGGAUGGGGUACAUCUUCCCUGCAGAGCUAUGAUGAGAGUUCAGUUAUACAGAGUCCUCCACCCCGGUCCAUGUCACCUGCUUGGAGUGACCGUUCACCAUCCCCAUCACCUGUACGAAUGGAGAAUGACCUUAGAGUAGGAAAUCAGAUGAAAGCACUUAUUGCCAGAAAUAUCAUCAAUGCAGCAAAGCGCAAGAAUGCUUCACCAUGGGGGGUUACUAGUCCGCAGUCUCCUCUUCAUAUUACGUCACCCUGGAGUCUGCCAGUUGGCAAUGGAUCUUCUCUGCCUGCUACACCUAGAGCCAGACGGUCACCAACUGGUUCAGAUAUCUCAAUGGAAUCAGAGGAUUCUGGAGCAAAAUCUCCAGGAUUUCGUAGCAUUCCAUUCUCACCAAAGGGGUGGUAUGGUAGCAUGCGAGGGAAGCGAGAUAGUCUACCCUCUAGCUCACCCUUUGCUUACACCCCAUAAAUGAUUCUGUCCAGCUCCAGUACUAUUAGAUACCAAAUCAACCUUCUGGAGCACAAACAGCUUUCCAUGUCCUAUACUGCCAAAUAGGCUUUUAGAUUUAAACUACAAACAUUUGGGAAUUAAAAAUUUAAAUCUUAAAAAUACAUUUAAAAUGGAUCAGUUCUGACUUCACAGGGUAAAACUCAACAGAAGUCUAAGCAUUCACUGACAUUAAACCUAAAUAAACCAUGAAUAAUUCCCGUAACUGCUGAGCAAUAUAUUUCAAAGUAGUUUCUCAUGAACACUGUAAAUUGUAUAAAGUCAAAUAAACCUCCAUUUUUUUAUUAAUAUUUUAAUCCCAGCAUUUUAUUUUUUAAGACACGAGUUAUAAAACUAAAUGGAAUAACUGUAUUAUUAAUCGCAUUUUGGAGGCAACAAUAUGAGUUUUGAAAUAAAGAAUUAUUACUGGAACAAUAAGGAACAUUUGUAAUAUUGAAGCUUUUUUUUUU